AUGAAAGUUCUCGUUCUCGGAAUGCCCCGCACGGGGACACAAUCAAUAGCAGAGGCGCUGAUCCAGCUCGGCAUAUCGCCCAUAUACCACAUGCGCGAGGUGGGACAGAAUAACCACCAGGCGGCGUGGGCAGAGGCCAUGGAUGCCAAGUUUGAGGGCAAAGGCAAACCGUACGGCCGAGAGGAGUUUGACAAGAUACUCGGUGAUUUUGAGGGCCUGGCGGAUUACCCCGCCGUCAUCUUCCCGGCAGAGCUGAUUGAAGCCUACCCGGAAGCGAAAAUCAUCCUCACCCUCCGCAGCGACGAGGACAAGUGGUUCGACAGCAUGAUGGCGACGCUGAUCCACGGGCACACCCACGCGCCAAAGCCGAACCCGAGCCCCAUGGCUCCCGUGUCGAGUAGAUACCAUCGAUUCUGUUGGAACGAUGACUUUCCCACCCAUGGUCGAGAAGCAUAUCGCAAACAAAACGCCGUGGUGCGGGAAGCGGCCAGGGGAAGAGAAUUCCUCGAGUACGAGACCGGCAGCGGCUGGGCGCCGUUGUGCGAGUUCUUGGGCCUGCCAAUCCCAGAUGUACCGUACCCGCGGAGCGAUGAUUGGGCUGUGUAUAAAAAAGAGGUCCAGGCGCAGGAGGAGUUGAAGAAGAAACAGGAUCAUGAGGCGAAAGAAUAG